AAAAUACAACUGAAUGUGGGAGACCUCUGUACUUAUGGAGUAGUGAGUUGGUGUAAUAUCGGCGAUAUCAUCGGCAGGAAAUCUCAGGCUUGCCACGUUAUCACCUCCGUGUUUGUAUUCCGCUCAGGGCUGGUUAUUAUCUGCAGAAAAAAGAAAACUGAGGAGGGGAAGGUUGACUGUCCCUGCUCGUCAGAAAUAUUCCGCACCGUCAUUCCCGUCCAAGACAUGGUUCUUGAUGUCGUCACAGGAAAAUCCGGGGCUCUGUACCAAUGGAACAUUACACAGUCACCUAUAGACAAUCUGCCACAUCGGACUUACAAAUUUUGCAGCAGUUCAGCAGAGGAAAAGUCCAGAUUUGUCACCGCCAUUCGUGGGACUACACGACCUCCAGUAAAACACCUGAACACGCCUAUCUCAGAAAAUCAUACCAAACACUUUUCACCAAAGCUGGAAUGUAUAACACGGAAACUCAGGACUAUCCGGAAUAAAAACCCACGAGGAGGUUCGGAAGUCCACUCGGAUUGAAGAAAAAUUCCGAAGACUGACGAUAUGUUCAAAAUUACUCUGUGAUUCAAUACUUCGCAAUAGCUUUUGUUGAUUUUCCUUAUUUUUUUUUUAAUUUAUAUUUGCAUAAUUUACCA